AUGCCGAACUCAAUGCCGGGCGAAUCGCACCAAGAUGGCAGCAAGGAGUUUCCUGACAAAGUCGAGACAAUUGCAAGAUUAGAGUCCACAAUGGAAGCGGUUAAAGAGAUUCAAAGAAUAUGCAAGGUUCCAUCAAUCUGCUUUGGAGUUCUCCACAAAGGCGAGGUCAUAUUCGCGCGAGGUCUCGGCGAGAGACGACCAGGAUCUAAUCUAUCCCCUGACGAAGAUACGUUGUAUCACCUUGGCUCUGUCUCGAAGAUGUUUCUUUCUAGUGCCAUUGGAAUCGCUGUUGAUGACGGCAAGUUAGGGUGGGAUACUGCCGUCUCUACAUACAUUCCUGACUUUAAUCCUAUCGGAGACCCAGAGAUCGGGAAGAGGGCUGAUCUGAUUGAUUGCUUGCGACACUCCACAGGACUCGGGAACCCUCAAAUCCUGAUGCAGGCUCCACGAGGCCAUAUUAUUGGGCUCGAAGAAGAUUUCGUGAAGCUCAUGAAUGAGGUACCAACAAGCAAUGACUCCGGUCAGCGAUUCAAUAACUGGUGGCUGUACAAUAAUUACAGCUAUGCACUGGCAGCUAUUGCGCUCCAAAACGUUUACGAGCAACGCUACCAUAAGUUUCUUCGAGAGCGAAUCUUCAAGCCAUUGGGAAUGUCCAGAACUGCUGUAACCACCUCAGAUUUCAUUCAUGACGACAACGUCGCACCUCCAACAGCAAGGCUGGAAGAUGGCCAGGUCGUGUUAUUAAACUCAGAAGAGUUCACGUCUGGCGAGCACACCCCAACGCUGGCAGCCAUGGGAAUUCGUAGUAGUGUCACGGAUAUGCUGAAGUGGGCCACAGCGGUACUUGCUGCCGAGAAAGCGGAGUCCAAAGCGAAGGAGCAUGAAAUAGGAGGCUUACCUUAUCCAUCGGAUAUCCCUAAUGGCGACAGCUCUACUCAAUACCCAUCAAGAAAUCCACUUAAGAACAUAUCUAUCACACGGCGGAGCCAGUGGACACGUCCCGUGCCUGACAAAUAUCAAAACGAGUCGGCAUAUUGCCUUGGCUGGUGCCGUAUGAGGAUGCCUACUUCCAUGUUGGGCUGGACCGGUUGGAAUUACAUGACUCGAUACGACGAUGAGAAGACCAACCAAAACUAUAUCCUUGGCACAUCCUCACCACCAAAGCUGGUAAUUCAGCACAAUGGGCUCAAUAAUGGCAGUUCCUGCGCCUUCUACACCUUUCCCGAAACUCAAAGCGCCAUUAUAGCCUUCUCCAAUGGCAUUCAAGACGGCGACGCCGCGGACUUCACAGCACACACCAUAAUCCAAGCGUUGUUCGAUCUUCAACCCCAUGUCGAUCUUCUUCCAUUGGUAAAAAUCGAAGCCGCCAAACGUCAUAAUCAAUUCUACCAAGAUAUCUUAUCUGACUGGAAGAAGUACCGUAAUACAGAUCAACCAGAGGCACCGCUCACAGAAUAUGAGGGUAAAUACGAAGCUCUCGCCACGAUACUCAAUAUAGCUCGCAUACACACUUCAGACGGAAAGAGAUUAUCUAUCACCUGGGGUAGAGUUGUUAAUACCCGGCGGCGACUUGACUUUUAUAACAAAGAUACAUAUAGUUUCCUACCGUUGACGCAAGACGAGUGGCUAGCAGAAUCGAUGUUUGAUUGGGAUUACUACACCACUGGGCUGCUAGAAUUCCACAGGGAUAAGGAGGGGAAGGUCAAUGAACUGUCGUGGAAGUAUGACGAAUGGGAGCAUCCAGCUAUUUUCAAAAGGAAAAGUGAUUACGCUACAGAGACUUGUGGCGUUGCUAAAGAGACUCGCGAAGAGAAUGGCAGUACUAACCGAGAGAAGUCUGGUUGA